AUGGCUCUACAGGUGGGACUAUACCAAAGCAGUAUUGCAAAUUCUGCUGCAAGCAGGAUUCUAACAGCAAUGAGCAUUCCAACCGGAUCACUUAGCGGUUUCCAAAAGACAGCUAACAAAUGUGGUGAUAUCUUGGCCGCUGCCAAUGAAUUGGAUAUGGCAGAAAGGCGCAGGAAGGUGAAAGACAUUUUGGAGUACAGAGGGAUGGACAGAAAUACACCUAUUGACAUAGAAAUUGACAGACAAUAUAACAUCCCUCUCAGCCAUGCAAAGGGGAGAACACCAUUUGCACCAGCGACUCAAGCUCGCGAUGUUGUGACAGAAAAUGUGACCCCAGAGAAGUACAUUGUAACUUACAAUUCAACGAACAAACUUUGUAGAGUAGGCCAGAGAUUAGUUGGUCAAGGAAAAGAACCUGCCUGCCCUAACCAUCCUAAGUGUACAGCCACAAUAAAGAUGAGUGAUAACAUAGGGGACGAAAUGCUUGGUGGACAAAAAUGUGCACAAAAAUUACUUACUGGAGAUGAAACGCAGCUACUUGUCAAAGGUGUUGUUAGCGAUAGUGAUGGACACUUUCACAGGGGAGUCCAAGAAGUCAUGAAGAGCGCAGCUGGUGUAGAUCCAACAUCAUACCUUUGUGUCAAUCACCUGAAGCGGUCUCUGUGUAAAAAUUGGAAAGACUUACUCUGA